AUGGAGCUACUGAUGUGGCUGCUGAUGUGGUUGCCAAUUGGCGGUGAUGCGAUUGUAAAUCCAUCGAAUGAGACGGCCAAUAUGGUUAUCUAUAUGCUGCCCGCCAAGGAUGUGGGACAGCAUACAUGGCAGGUGGGCGUCGAUUGUCUGGACAGCUUUGCCCAAAUCUUCUUCUAUCGCAAUCCCUUGGAGCGCUACACACGUGCCUACAAUCUGAUGACAACCCACGUGUUCAACAUGUCCCUGCCCGCGGCUCAAAUUCAGCUCGGUUUCAGCCGGCGCAUCAAUGAGGCCAUCAGCGAUCCGGAAAUGCCACCGGAAAGAGAGUUCUAUCAACUUCGCGUCAUCUCGGAUCAUGUGAAGAUUCCGAAGAUUUUUGGCGAACUGCUUCUGGCGGAUAACUACAUCAUUGUUGUGGACAGCGUGGAACGUUUGCACAAACUGAUGAGGGAUUAUGUUAGCAAGAGUCGCUCCUGGAAUCCAGGUGCCCGUUUCCUGGUGCUCUUUCACAAUGCCCUGUUACGGGACAAGCCCUGGACGAUUGCCUCAAAGAUCUUCAACGAUCUGAUGACCAAUUUCUAUGUGCAUCGUGUGGCACUGCUCUAUGCCAACUCCUCCACGGAUUACAAUAUCCUGGUCAAUGAUUACUACAGCAAUGUCGACUGUCGCAUUCUCAGCGUGCAAAGUGUGGGUCAAUGCCAGAAUGGUGAACUCCAUCCAACUCCCCAUGCCGUCCAUCUCGCCAUGUUGGAUUACAUUAGUGGUUUCAGUCCCAGGAACUGCACUUUCUACGUCUGCGCCUCCAUUGCGGCUCCUUUUGUGGAGGAGGAUUGCGUCUUGGGACUCGAGAUGAGAAUAUUGGGAUUCAUGCGCAAUCGAUUGCAAUUUAUGACCAAUCAAACAUGCUCCAGAGAUACUCGUGGAGAGGACCAAGGGGAUGGCAAUUGGAAUGGUCUGCUGGGCAAGCUAUCGGACGGAGAGUGCGACUUUAUUAUGGGCGGCUUCUAUCCGGAUAAUGAGGUUACCGAUUACUUCUGGGGAUCGGAUUGUUAUCUCCAGGAUGCUCACACCUGGUUCGCACAGCUCGCGGAUCGUCGUCCCGCCUGGCAGGCCAUGGUUGGCAUCUUUGCGCUAAGCACUUGGAUCAGCUUUUUGCUGGUGCUCGUGCUGAGCUGGCUCUUUUGGUAUGCACUGGUCAGGAUCUUGCCGGAGCCGCAAUACUUUCAACAGCUCAGUUUGACUGGGAUUAAUGCCCUGGGGGUGACCAUUUGUGUCGCUAUCCAGGAGCGUCCCAUUUGUGAUGCGACUCGAUUGUUUUUUCUGGCACUGACGCUCUACGGCAUCAAUCUGGUGGCCACAUACACCUCCAAGAUGAUAGAGACCUUCCAGUUUCCUGGCUAUUUACAUCAGCUGGACGAGCUGCAGGAAGUGGUUGCAGCGGGAAUUCCCUUUGGCGGUGAGGAGGAGAGUCGAGAUUGGUUCGAAAACGAUGAUGAUAUGUGGAUAUUCAAGGCAUACAACAGCUCCUUGGCCUUCAGGCCUCGAACCGACAAUCUACAAGAUGUGGAGCGGGGAUUGCGCUGCAUUCUGAGUAGUCGCAUGUACGUAAUGCAGAAUAAAUAUGCGGAUGACAUAUUCGCAUUUCCCCAGAACGUUUUCAGCAGUCCCAUGCAGCUGAUUAUGAAGGCGGGUUUCCCCUUCAUGUACGAGAUGAACACGAUCAUCAGAUAUAUGCGAGACGUGGGCAUCAUUCAGAAGAUCGACUCGGACUUUCGAUUCAACAACACGUAUCUCAAUCGCAUUGCCAAAAUGCGACCCAAUUUUGCACCCACUGCCAUUGUGCUGACCACGGAGCAUAUGAAGGGUCCAUUUGGCAUCCUUAUUCUAGGUAUUUUCAGCGCUUCUCUGGCAUUUCUCGCCGAGCUUUUCUCCGCCCAUCGGAGCUGCCGCAGGCGACAAAAACGCAGGUCGCAUCGACGUGGCAAGUGGCGCAGGGAGCGGAGGCAAGUUCACAAGACAAUGGCUCCUGUUGUGCGCUUUACACCCGUCAAGAGACGCAAAGUCCUGUAA